CUGAAACCGCUCUGUCAUUUUACAUGGCCUACCACUUCAUGGCCGAGUUGCUGUUGUUCCCAGUUGCUUCCACUUUGUUAUAUAUCACUAACAGUUGACCGUGGAAUAUUUAGUAGCAAGGAAAUUUCACGGAUGGAUUUAUUGCACAGGUGGCAACCUAUCACAGUACCACACUUGAAUUCACUGAGCUUCCGAGAGUGAUCCAUUCUUUCACAAAUGUUUGUAGAAGCAGUCUGCAUGCCUAGGUGCUUGAUUUUAUACACCUGAAUCCAAUGGUUUGGGAGGGGUGUCCCAAUACUUUUGGCAAUAUAGUGCAAGGUUUGCACAACACAUAUAUAUAUAUAUAUAUAUAUAUAUAUAUAUAUAUAUAUAUGUACACACAC